AUGGGGAUUCAACCUUCUUCUGGUGGGAUCCUUGAACACCAUUUGGCAGUCUCUAUUCUUACCUUGGACAGGAUGGUCCGUCUAGGCUUGGAAUCCCAUUGUUUGCAACAGUGGCAGAAGUUAGAAAUGGUACUAACUGGCUCAGUUCAUAAAUCGUUUGUCUCAAAGGCAGUUUGGAAUGAGAUAAGACCUGUGAAGCAGGUUGUCUCGUGGGCCUCUCUGGUUUGGCACAAAGCUAUUGUUCCGAGGCACACAACAAAUGCUUGGCUUUUUGUACUCAAUCGGAAUCCUACUCUCGAUAGAAUUCACAACUGGGAUGCAGAAUCACUGACUACUUGCCUUCUCUGCGGGCUAGAAAAUGAAUCACAUGAUCAUCUGUUCUUUGAAUGUCAGUACUCCCUGCAGGUCUGGCUCAGAAUUAUAAACAGGCUUUCUCUUCCAACUCCUCCAUCGGCUUGGACAGCAAUUUUACUCUGGCUUCCUCAUGCCCAUGGGGACGGCUUCAGACGUUUGGCAUUACUACAGGGUUGGCAGGCUGCUAUAUAUUUCUUAUGGCAAGAACGCAAUGCUCGUAUGCACUCCAGUCUAACUCUCUCCCUUCUGGCUGUGGCACGCAGAGCUUUGGAUAUUCUUUUGGACAAUUGCCAUGCUCUGUGCUCUCUUGGCUCCUCUCGUGGUCCUCCCCAGCUGCAAAUUUGGCAGCCUCCACAACAGAAUGUACCUUCUAUUUUCUCCAUCUGA